GCAUUCCCGUCACAAUGGAGAUUGCAAGCGAUAUGGUUGACAGGCAAGGGCCGAUAUAUAGGGUUGUUGUCUGGAGAAACUUCUGAUAGUUUGCAAGCACUAGAGUAUGCCCUCAGAAAUGGUGCAUUAUGUGUUGGUAUUACAAAUACCGUUAGUAGUAUAAUUGCCAGGAAAACUCACUCUAUUGUGCAUAUAAAUGCUGGCUGUGAGAUCGGCGUGGCAAGUACUAAGGCAUACACAAGCCAAAUUGUAGUGAUGGCUAUGUUGGCACUUGCAAUAGGAGGUGACACACUUUCUAAUCAAGCAAGAAGAGAAGCAAUAAUUG